AUAGUUUGAUAGCAAACAUAUGUAUGUAGUACAGCGUUACUUAUAAUUGCGGGAAAACCCUGUUAAUUACUCCAUUCAAGCAUUGUGGUUUCCAUCAUCUCUUUUUGUUUUUAUCAGAUAAUCUGGAAAUAGCGUUUCCGAUUCAGAUACAUACAGGGUUUGUAUCAUCAACUGAUUUGAUAUCGACUCGAUUUUUAUUUUUAUUGUGAGUUUGUGGCUCAAAAAAAUUGUUUCAAUGAUGGCAUAUUGCUAAUGAAUUACGCAAUUCUCAUGCGUCGGAUUCGAAUCCUUCAUUCAUUCUCGGUUGUGUUCCUUUACUGGUUCUACGUGAUUUCAUGAAUUAGUCAUCUCAUUCCAUUAUUUAUUUAUUUAUUUAUUUUGUUUCAAGUCCUCAGUUUUCUUACUCAACUCUCAAAACCCUAAUCCUCACAAUCAAUUGUAAAUACCCAAUUUUUCACUUAUCUGGAGGGAAAGUUUAAAAUCGAUUAAAAUUACAAACAGUUUAAGCAAAAUCAUUUGGUGAUUCCGGGAAAAUAUUGGGAAAAAAUGGCUUCCACGAAGCAGCCGGUGAGUCCAGGAUCUGAUGAGGACCUACGGUAUGCUGGAGUUGAUGAAAGGAAAAGGAAGAGAAUGAUAUCCAACAGGGAAUCGGCUAGGAGGUCCCGGAUGAAGAAGCAGCAGCAUUUGGACGGUCUGAUCAGCCAAGUGACCCAGUUGCAAAAUGGGAACAAGCUUAUUGAACAGAAGGUCAAUAAGGUUGAUAACAUGUACAUCAAGCUUGUGUCUCAGAACAAUGUCCUGAGGGCUCAACUUGUCGAAUUGACUGAUCGGCUAUGCUCUUUGAACUCGGUGCUUCGGGUUGCAGAGGAGGUUAGCGGAUUUGCCAUUGACAUUCCUGAAAUUCCAGAUACUUUGCUGGAACCAUGGCAACUCCCUUGUUCAGUACAGACAGUUGCAGCGUCCGCAAACAUGUUUCAGUGCUGAAUACUUUCAUCAACAUUAAGUUAAGGCAAAGUGAGUCUAUGUAGGCUGGUUUUCGUGGUUUUGAAGUUAGUUUCAUUAUUUUUUAAUUUGCAAGACAUUAAUACGUGUCUGCUUUAACUGUUAAGUUUUUUUUGUUUUAGUGUCUAAAAUAGGGGAUUAUACUUAGAUCAGACUUUCUAUGUCCUUUUGGGGUUCUUUUGAAUGUCUAAAAAUUGGUUAUUUUAUAUACUUACAUGGUAUGUGGUAGUUGAUUUAUGUAUUGUGGUUGCUAGUAAUGCGCAAGUGUAGGCAUUUUUUUUGUGGGAGUAUGGUAUAUAUAAAUUUGGAUCCUUCCCGUGACUGGUAGGAACUAGGAAGUAGAGAAAUUCAGUUCAAUUUUUCAGAGCCGUUGACGUUCUACGCUGAAGUGUAGAUGUCUAAUUCCCACAAAAUGGUGAAGAGUCCAAGAUAUAUUGGUAUACAUGAAGUUAACUUGAUUUGUUUGUUGAGUAUGGUUACUUUGAAUGGGUGGCAUUGCUAACCCAAGUAAGGUGUGUGAUUCUUCAUGUCAAAUUAAAUUUGCUUGCCAUUUGUUUUAAGAUGCUUGAGUGAUGUGAGCUUGGAUGUUUAUCAAGUUAAAUUACACCUAAUUUUAUGUCUCAAGCAAGUAGAAACGACUAUCGGCUACAAGAACUUUUGUCGUUACUAUGAAUGUGAGCUAGAAUGUUUGGUUGCAGAAAAUAUCUGAAUUUGGCGGGGUACCACUUGUGAUAUUUUCUGGAAAUAACAUACAACUUUGUACUUCUUUGACUUGCAUCCAGUUCGAAGUAAUGAUGGCUGUUGCAUCCAGGUCUCCCAUAACCUCCUCCACUACUCCUCUGAUGGAGCAGGAAGAAAAACAUUAAUGAAAAAAGAAAAAAGAUCCCCAAAAAAAAAGACAACGACGACGACUAACAUGCUACCCAGAGAAUUUGGUUGAGAUGCGGUUGCCCAGGUAAGUUGCUAAGGAAGUUCCUCAUGUUCUUAAAAUAAACAUGCACAUAUGUAUUAUAGUUACAUGGAGGUUCAUCACACAUGCACUUCAUCUUUUUAGCUUCUCCAGCUAUCAACUGAGAACAAAUUCAGUUCCAAACUACAAUCUGUCCCCACGAUGACACAAAAUAUUCUUCAUGGGCGCUGGGUUAUCUGGGUUAAUAGGAACUUUUAAGAGAAUUGAAUGAAUACCCAAACUCACCUUGAAAAAUAUUACAUGGAACACUGGCAGUGAAAACUACUAAGAUUGAAUUGUAUCAUUAAAAAUCUGUUGCUGGAUUCCUAGUA